CCCCGUGUGCUGCUGCGUCCCUUGCAGGUGCUCACGAUGGCUGAGGAUCUGAGAGCAGCGGUUGCCGGCCAGCCGAAGAGACUGAACAGCAGCAGUGAGGUGGUGGAGAGGAUAGAAGAAAACGGGCAUCAGAAUAAAAGGUUGAAGAGAGAUGCGGAUGAGGAAGAUGGGGAGGAUCAGAAUAAAAGGUCACCCAAAAGGAAGAUUGUAUUGCUGAUGGCGUACUCGGGGAAAGGCUACCAUGGGAUGCAGAGAAAUGUGGGAUCUUCACAGUUCAAGACGAUUGAAGAUGACUUAGUAUCUGCCCUUGUUCAGUCAGGCUGCAUCCCAGAAAACCACGGGGAAGACAUGAAGAAAAUGUCUUUUCAGCGGUGUGCUCGAACAGACAAGGGUGUAUCUGCAGCUGGACAGAUUGUGUCGCUAAAGGUCAGGCUAAUAGAUGACAUCUUAGAGAAGAUCAAUAACCAUCUUCCUUCUCACAUCAGAAUUCUGGGUCUGAAGAGAGUCACUGGGGGAUUCAACUCCAAGAACAAGUGUGAUGCCAGAACCUACUCCUACAUGCUGCCAACGUUUGCCUUUGCUCAUAAAGACCAUGAUGUGCAAGAAGAGGUUUAUCGACUCGACAAAGAGACCCUUAAAAGAGUCAAUAAACUGCUUGCGUGCUAUAAAGGAACUCACAACUUCCACAACUUCACAUCUCAGAAGGGACCGAGGGACCCCAGUGCCAAGCGGUACAUAAUGGAGAUGUACUGUGGAGAGCCAUUUGUGAGGGAAAACGUAGAAUUUGCAGUCAUCAAAGUGAAAGGCCAGAGUUUCAUGAUGCACCAGAUAAGGAAGAUGAUUGGGCUGGUAAUAGCUAUUGUGAAAGGUUAUGCUGCUGAGUCUACCAUCGAGCGCAGCUGGGGAGAGGAGAAAGUAGAUGUCCCCAAAGCCCCAGGACUUGGGCUGGUCUUGGAAAGAGUACACUUUGAAAAAUACAACAGACGGUUUGGAAACGAUGGGCUGCACGAGCCACUGGAGUGGACAGAGGAGGAGGAGAAGAUUGCUGUCUUCAAAGAGCAGUAUAUCUACCCUACCAUUAUCAACACAGAAAGGGAGGAGAAAUCCAUGGCAAACUGGCUAACCACCCUCUCCAUUCAUGACUUCAACUCUUCUGCUGUUGAGAUGCAAGCUAACAACAAAACCUCAAAGAACAGCAGCAAUCUUGAAGGCAGUGAUGGUUCUGAUGGUGAUUCUGACUGA